UAAAAACUGGCUUAAUAUUAAAUCAAUAUCGAAGAAAUUAAAACAAUUAGGCCAAGAAUUCAAUUUAAAAAUGCCAGACCGCAAGCAACGGAAAAAAGUUCAAUUACAGGAGGAACGAAAGGCACGGAUACUGAAAUUUAUUCAAGAAAAUCGGGAUACCAAGCCUAUUGAAGUGCAACAGAUAAAAACAGCCGCUAGCCGAAUAAAAAAACCCAAAAAUGAAGAAAAAACUACGAAGCAGAAUCUAACAUCAUGUUUGAUCGCGACUCCAUCAAGUGAUCUGCGAUUGGUUGCUGGCGAAAAUAAUCCCGCUGCACGGGAAACGGGAAAACAGCCGCGCGUCGAUGAGGAAUGCAAGUUUAAUGCACCGGGUAUUCUGUUUCUUAAAGGCCGAAACACAAAUAAAACCGAACAGGAAGUUUUCCUAAAACCACUUGUGCCCCAGAGAAAGGAGUUAAAGAAUAAGUGUGAUUUCUUUCCUAAAUAUGAGGAUCCGUCACCUUUCAAGGACCAAGUUACUCAAACGCUUUAUAGGGAAUCUUCAGCGCAAACUUUGGCCUACUUACCAGAAAUCGAUGAAAAAGACAAAGCUCGUACUCUAGAACUUUUUACACUUCCAUCGAUUCUUCCCGGAAAUAAACCACCGGGCCUCUUUGAAGUGGAAGUUUUCGAACGAUGCCGCAGGCGUCGAAAAUUCUUGGAGGCACUCAAGAUGAAUGUUGCCAAACAACGCACAUUUAAUCAAAAAGUCUGCAUUGAGAAAUACAAGGCCACGAUGGAUGCCUUUGAGUAUGAGAAGUGGCUGGAGAGGGAGGAUCAAAUCCAGGAGUGCCAGAUGAUGCGACUGGAGAUCGUGAUCAAGAUGUUCGACAAAAGGGAGAGGGAAAUGCACCAGGCAUCCAAAACUCGAAUAGAAAAGGCAUGCGAGCUCAUCGAGAAACGAAGAAAGGCGGCUCUUCAUAAAAAUGAAGUCGAGUACCAACGUGGCAUGCGGCGUAUAAGCAAACAGUUGGCCAAAACAUCUAUAAGAUGGGUGAAACAGACGCCCAUGGUCGGUUUGGGAUCACCUUGCUCCGAUUUCUACGCUCCACCCAUUCGAUACGGAGUGGAUCCAGCUCGUCGCAAUUUCGCCUCGUCCAUUGGCAUUCGGGCAUUCAACAUGCGAAUCGAUGAACUGGAAAAGCAAAUAAAUCUCCGCAUAGUAGAGUGUCCUUUUGCCAAACUAAAUCAAUGGUCAGCGCCCAAACAACGGGUUCAAGAGAUCGAGAACAAUUUCAUCAAUGAAACACAUUUGGAUAAGCUCUACAACACUUUAAGGGCUUCGAGGGCCGCCUACGAAGAUCGCAAGCCAAGGCCCAAAUGUCUUAAGAUACGCCGUAUGAUGCCUUAUGAACCAACAAAACCGAGACGAACUAUGGCACAACCCCUUAAGAGUUAUAAAAAUCUUUAUGAAAUGGCUGGCGAAAUCAAAAGUCCCUCGCCGUCACCCUCUCUAUAUGAAGCGUUUAAACAGCAUCUUCGAUUGCAGAAAAAUCAAAUAUCAGCUGAAUACGCUCAACAACUGAGACGAGAUGAACAGAAAAGAGAUUUAAAGAAUUUGAUAUUCGCCUACGAGGGCAGUUUGAUUGGUUACAUGAUGCAAUUCCUCACAGACGAAAUGGUGCGCUUAAAGGAGCAGCGUCGUUUGCACUUUUUCACAAUUUUGGCCCAAAAAGAACGCUUGCGACGUGAGGCACUCGAAGGAGGUUUGCGGCAAAAGGAGAGCACCAUGAGAAGGCUCUACGAGGAGCUGUUCCAGCAAUCGCAAGUGAUUCACCAGGAUGUAAGCCAUCAGUAUAUCCGCAGCAUUCUUGACGCCGAUGUGGAGAAUAUGGCUGGAAAUGCUGCUGUUGAAUCGGUCACCGAAUUGGCCAAACAAAUCGAUGUGGACAUAGAACGUUGGUUGGAAAGUUUCAAGCUCAUCCAAAAUCCUCUCAAUUACGUCCCUUUGCGUCUGAUGCUGCAGGAUAUGGUCUCCCCAGAUCUUAAUGCUGCCCUUCAGCGUUACGAGAAGACAAUGAUUGCGCAAUACAUAGUGGAGGAUGUGAUCUUCGGCAGAGUAUGGAAGGAACUGGAACCCUUCGAUAUAUCCAGUACUCUGACAAGUGAUCUAAUCGAUCGCCUCAUCGACAACGAUCUGUAUCUUUUUUCCACCGACAGUGAAAGUGAAGCUGAGCAGAAAACUUCAUGGCUUGAAGCUCAUUCCAUAAUAAGAAAACUCAUUCGACAAUCGGUUCCCGGUAAACGUUGGAAGGAAGAGGCCGAGCGGAUCGUUUACGAAAACUACAAUGACCUGCUGGAUGAUAUAUUUAAUGAGAUGAUAUACAAAAGGGAUAAUCCGCCAAUCAUCGAACCAGUUAUACUUAGAGUAUCGUUUUCGCACGAAAACCUUUUAGCUGGCGAAAACACUAGGAUCGAAAGCAAGAAUUCGGAAUAUCGACCAUCAGAGGAUCUAUCUGAAGUAAAUUGUGAACUAAUAACUAGCCAAUUUUUAACCCUUGUCAAGAAAAAAAAACGUGAGAAUGAGCAUUUUGUAGCAGAUAAAAAGGUGCAUUAUAAUUAUAGAAGAAUUCCGGAAGUUUCCUUGGAAAGCAAAGCGACCAAUUACAAACCAAUGAGCUCCUCUUCUGACGAUUCAAAUCAUUGGCCAUUCGAUUAUGUUUCGCAAGGAUCGCAGAAAUCAAAAAAUGAAAGUGCAAAUGAAAGUGCAGAUACUGUUUCCAAGAAUCUGGUGGAAUAUUUACUUUAAAGGAAGCAAUGAAGAACAAAAUCUUGGAUUACAAUAUAAUUUCAACUAGGCUUUCUUAUAUAUAUUUUUAAUAAAGUUGAUUGAUAUAUUUCUGUAAGUA